AAGACGGAAACGUCCAAAAUCGAGCAUCGGCGAGGAGGAGAUGCCGCAGAGAUGGACGCACGUCGGAUGUCAGUCGCCAUUCCUCAACGGAAGUCAGACAAGGAAGUUUUGCCAGCGGACGUCUUGAAAGUGAUCGUCGUUAAAGAGGAGCAGCAGGAGUGGCGUGCCGGUGCAGAGCAGGAGGAUGCCCAGCCGGCCCGCGGCAAAGACGAGGAGAACGGACCGACCUGGACUCAGUUCUCGUUGACUCGGGUCCACGUGAAGGGCGAAGACGGCAAAGACUUUCCCGAGACACGCGGCAACCUCAGCAGGCGCUCGGCCCAGCAAGCGGCCGCGGAGUCGGACGGAGGCCGCAGUGGCGGAUCAGAAACGGACCGCAGAUCCCACGUGGACACGGACGACAGCGACCGGACUAACGGACCCCGGACCAGGAACCAGGAGACCAGUUCUCGCCCCGGUAAGAAAUUUGACUGCUCCGAAUGCGACAAAACCUUCGAGCACAAGCGCAACCUGAAGCGACACGUGAGGCGCCACACGGGGGAGAAACCAUUCUGCUGCUCGGUGUGCGCCAAAACCUUCCGCCAGCGCUCCAACCUGGUGGUGCACGCCCGCACCCACACGGGCGUCAAGCCUUUCGCCUGCCGGCUGUGCCACACCCGCUUCAGCCAGCGCAUCUCGCUGGUGCUGCACGUCAGGACGCACACCGGGGAGAAACCCUUCCCCUGCCCGCUGUGCGGCGAGCGCUUCUCCCGCAAGGGGACCGUGACGUCGCACAUGCGCACGCACACGGGCGAGAAGCCGUUCGGGUGCGGCACGUGCGACCGGCGCUUCGCGUUCAAGUGUCAGGUGGCCAAGCACAAGUGUGCGGGGAAAUGAACGUGUUGCACCUUUUAAACGGCGUUCCAAGAAGCUGGAGGACCUCUGAUCGGUUUUUGGAUUUGGAAACAAUGUCCUUCUUUAACCAAAGAGUUUGGACACACCUUCUUCUCAUUUCAGUGUGUUUUCUUUAUUUUCAUCACUACUUACAUUGUAGAUUGUCACAUGAAAACUACGAAUGUGGAUUCACAGUCGUGCUCAUAAGUUGACAUACCCUGGGACAGGAGUCGGCAACCCAAAAUGUUGAAAGAGCCAUAUUGGGACCAAAAAUACAAAAACAAAUCUGUCUGGAGCCGCAAAAAAUGAAAGGCCAUAUUACAUACAGAUAGUGUGAACUAAGAGGACUUAAAGGAAACUAAAUGCGCUCAAAUAUAGCUACAAAUGAGGCAUGAUGAUGCAAUAUGUACAUAUAGCUAGCCUAAAUAGCAUGUUAGCAUGGAUUAGCUUGCAGUGACCAAAUAUGUCUGAUUAGCACUCCACACAAGUCAAUAACAUCAACACAACUCACCUUUGUGUCUCAUGUCUUGGCCACUAAUACACCCCCAUACCACCACUUUGCGCCUAGAACAAUCCGGAUGGUUCUUUUCCUCUUCGGUCCGGAGGACACGACGUCCACAGUUUCCAAAAACAAUUUGAAAUGUGGACUCGUCAGACCACGGAACACUUUUCCGCUUUGCAUCAGUCCAUCUUAGACGAGCUCGGGCCCAGCGAAGCCGACUGCGUUUCUGGGUGUUGUUGAUAAGAACGGUUUUCGCCUUGCAUAGGAGAGUUUUAACUUGCACUUGCAGAUGUAGCGACCAACUGUAGUUACUGACAGUGGGUUUCUGAAGUGUUCCUGAGCCCAUGUGGUGAUAUCCUUUACACACUGAUGUGGCUUUUUGAUGCAGUACCGCCUGAGGGAUGGAAGGUGUGUAAUAUCAUGGCUUACGUGCAGUGAUUUCUCCAGAUUCUCUGAACCUUUUAAAGAUAUUACGGAGCGUAGAUGGUGAAAUCCCUAAAUUCCUUGCAGUAGCUGGUUGAGAAAUGUUGUUCUUCAACAAUUUGCUCAGGCAUUUGUUGACAAAGUGGUGACCCUCGCCCCGUCCUCGUUUGUGAAUGACUGAGCAUUUCAUGGAAUCUACUUUUACACCCAAUCAUGGCACCCACCUGUUCCCAAUUAGCCUGCACACCUGUGGGAUGUUCCAAAUAAGUGUUUGAUGAGCAUUCCUCAACUUUAUCGGUAUUUAUUGCCACCUUUCCCAACUUAUUUGUCACGUGUUGCU